AUGGGCCUCGUCGAUGCGGACUAUAUGUUCCUCUGGAUAGAUGUUGGAGGGCACGGACACAUGUCAGAUGCACAGAUCUUCAAUGAUUCAGAGCUGAAUGAGUGCCUAGUAGAUGGGACCAUUUGUCUUCCUCCAGCAGACCCCCUACCAAAUGACGACAGGGACAUGCCAUAUUUCUUCCUGGCUGAUGAUGCGUUCGCAAUGCGGACCAACAUGAUGAAGCCUUACUCGAUGCGCAAGAUGACCAAAGAGCAUAGGAUCUACAACUACAGGAUAUCUAGAAGGCGUCGCGUUGUGGAGAACGCCUUUGGCAUCCUUGCCCAACGUUGGCAGAUUCUCCUGACCACCAUGCAGCAUGAACCUGACACCAUACGACUGAUCGUCGAGGCCUGCGUCUGUCUUCAUAAUUUGAUGAGACUGCAUUACCCUACCAUUCAGAAUGCUGCCUUGGAUGCGGAGGAUGUCAACCACCAAUUGAUCCCAGGUGCUUGGAGGACUGAUGCAAACAUGCAUGAGCUGAACAACAUUAGAGGGAACAACCGUGACACCAGUGUAGCCAAGAAACAACGAGAAUACCUCAAGCUGUACUUCAAUUCACCUGCAGGCUCUGCGGUGCUUGAGCUGUUUGGCGGGCUCAAGAUAAAGAUAACAGGGACCAGCCUCCAGCCAGACCAGCCAGCUAUCAUGAUAAUGAACCACAGGACAUGCUUCGAUUGGCUCUUCCUCUGGGCCUGUCUGGUCAGACAGACUAAAGUUCGACAGGAGAAAAUAGUUCUAAAAUCGGAACUAAAGGCGCUUGUAGGGCCCAACUGGGGUAUGCAAGCUGCAUUCUACAUAUUUGUCCGACAAGGCUUGGAGGCUGACCAGAGGCUUAUGCGUAGAAUGACAGCUUACCUUUCCCAGAUUCAAAGCAUUCAUCCACAGGUGCUGCUGUUUCCAGAGGGCACCGACUUCAAUGUAAAGGCAGUGGCUAGCAGUGACCGACAUGCACGACAGAGCGGGCUUCCGCCGUACAAAUACGUGUUACAUCCACGCACCGGUGGCUUCGUCUGCCUUGUGCAGGCAUUCCGACAGCAUGGCACGCUAACGGCUGUACAUGACAUGACAAUAGCUUACCGUGGCAACUUCCCAGAAAGUGAACUUGACAUGAUAAGGGGGAAGUUUCCCGAAGAAGUCCACGUUCACAUUAGCACAUUUCCAGAUGACAUACUUCCACUAGAUGACUCUGGACUUCAGACCUGGUGUAAAUCCAGGUGGCAAAAAAAGGAAACUAGGCUGCAGAGCUUCUACAGAGAUAACAGCUCUCUUCUGCAGAACCAGCAAACUUCCUUGUCGACUGCGUCAGCCUAUGAAACAAAACUUCUGCAGAAUGAGGCAGUGCAUGACGAGAAUUCACACAGCACACCACCAGCCGCAGCUGCCAGAACAUCUUUGCCGCAGAACAAUUCUUCGAAUGGACUAGCACCAACUAUAAACGGCGACAAACACGCAGGCACAAAUUCACCUGCUUUGGGUAUACCAGCAGGCGAAAUACAUCCGGCGAAAGCCUGCACUUUCAAGGACUACGACAACAACAUUACUUCAUUAUAUCCGAGUGAUGAACCUAGAGACAUUGCUCUUCUGCUGUAUGUCGCCUUUUUCACGUGGUCGGGUAUGCUUUCAUUCUGGCUAUGGUUACUCAUCAUGUGUCCACUAGCAAGAUGGUACGUCCUAUUUACAUGUCUCACGAUGGGCGCAGUACAAUUUUACGCUGGUGGCCUAGCAGAGUUUGAGAUGCUAGUAUAUGAGAAACUGACUGGGAAACAGCUGGGAUGAGAUUCGGCUAAGGAGUGAGAUGCAUAAAAAACUACGUUUCGAUUCAUGGGAAAGAUGAUACAUAUAUUUAUUAAUUAAUAUCAGUCCAGACAUGAUAUGACUUUACCAUAUUUUGUAUUUCCACAAAAUGAUGUAAUUUAUGUAUGAGUUUUGUAAUGUGUCAGUCAGAAUUUUGAUAACAUAUGAUAUCAAUAAAGCGAAAAAAUGUGUUCAAUAAAAAAACUUAUCAAGCAUAUUAAU